CACAACAACAACAACCUUGGUUUGGCACCUCUUCUGUGGAAAAUAAUGCAUUUAGUCCGUCAUCACCUAAACUUAUGACAAGAGAUAUUAUAGUUUCACCAUCUAACUCAACAACUCAAGCUGAUAAUAUGUAUCAUACUGCGGAAGAAGAUGAAGCUCAGCAGAGACAUAUGCAAGAAAUGUUUGAUAAGCGUCGACGUAGAAGAGAAUCACACAAUAUGGUAGAAAGACGAAGGCGAGAUAAUAUCAAUGAAAGGAUCCAAGAAUUAUGCUCAUUAUUACCAAAUCAUCUUUUGGAUACAACAUCUUCAAGUCAUGGUAAUAUAGUGGCAGGAUCACAACGAUCACCAAAUAUGAUCAACAAAGGAACAAUUUUGAAGUUAUCAGUAGAACAUAUUAAGGAAUUAAGGGAUCAAGUCAAACAUUAUCAACAAAGGAUUAGAGAUCUUGAACAGAUAGUUCAUCAUGGAAAAUUGAUUCAUCAUUCACAGCCAUCUUUCAACGGAUCAACACUAUCAUCAUCAAUGCAAUAUUUGGAUACCGACAAACAGUCUCUUUAGCCCCCCUUCUUAAUAAUUUAACCGUGAUCAUUUUUUUUUUUUAUACAUCGUUUUUUUUUUUUCACUCCUAUAACUCAUAUUACCCUUUUACAAAACAAACCUUUUUUUUUCCCUGUAUAUUUCAUAUAUAUAUUUGAAUAACCCUAUUUUAUCUAUUUAUACAAAUCAAUACAAAAAGUCACACCAUAUUUUUUUAAGCAAUCUUUUGACGGCGACCAAUAUCUAAUUUUUUUUUGAUGACGACUUUUUGUUUUCUUCUUUUUUGUUUGUUUUUG